AUGCCCAAGCUCCACUUCGUCCAGUCUUUACCAGUUGGCUCAUCGAAACGCGACAGGGAACUAGAACGCGCAAAAGCCCGCGCACAUGCUGCGUCGGUGUCAUACCAGAAACACGGUAGCCGAGCCGUCAGAGAAGCCGGUAGGAUCCCUCCUCACCACGAGGCUGGGAAUUUCACUUCAGACCCUGCCGUAGGAUCUAGUGCAUUUACAUCUCAAUAUGGACUCCACACCCCCCCCGAGUCCCCGGAGAGACGAGACUCGGAUGCCACGGUGGCGCCGCAGAUGUGGUCGAUUGACGCCAUCGUUCACGCGUUUUCAGACGAGAUAUUGACACCGCCGGAAUCAAGUGUCCGGACAGGAGUCAUCGAUGAAGACCUCGAGGAUGUCGACGACAUCAACGAAGAUUUUUCCUCUCCCUCGAGCGUUUCGCGAAGCAUUGUCCGGCAUAAAAAGAAAACUCACCAGGUCUUUCGAUUAAACAAUCCAAAACGACAUUCUCCCCCGGGAGGAUCAUAUCUCAAUAUCAAUAUCCCACACGACCUACUUGGAACACGAGCCGAUCCUUUCAACUGCAUCCCAUCUCGUGGCUCUGAUUGCGUCUCUGCAGUUGUUGACUAUCACGCCCAAAUAAUGGCCCCCAACCACGCACCGAUCUACAAGAUCUUCGAUGUCACCAACGUUUACACAUCAUACUAUUUCGAACUUCUCUCACACCCGGAUUUCCUCUACACAGGGGUUGCCAGCGUACAGGCCGUCAUCGACCACCUUCGACGACCUGGUCAAGGUCCCUCUCAAACAGUGUUACGACAUAUUGGUUCGGCGAUGAAGAAUUUGCGCCUGAGGCUUGAAAGGUUACAGCGAGAGCAGAGGGAGAUCCAGAUCCAGUCAGACAACAGAAAUUCUGCAGCAGCGUCGUCGACCGGCGCGGGAAAUGAAGAAGGUGGUGAGACUGCCAGGCUGAACGUGAAGACGUCCGCGAAUGAAACGCUGCAAGUCGACGAUUUAACCAUCAUCACCGUCCUCUUCCUCGCUGUGGUCACGAGAGCAAUCAACGACAUGCCCUCGCACGAGGUCCACAAGCGUAGCAUCGCCACCCUGGUCUCUGCACGCGGCGGCCUGGAUCGCCUUGUCGGCCACGACGGACUUGCCCGAUGUACUUUGAUGCAAUGGGAAUCCUUCUGGGCCCUCAACACAGGCCAGAGCAUUUUCCCAGACUCCCGCCCCGCCUACGCGCCAAUUUACCCUCUUAAUCCCAUUCCUUCACCUCUGGUACAAAAGAUCUCCCUCCUCCCGCUCGGUUUCCAACGCCUCGCGCACCGGCAACGUCUCGCUCUCGACGUCCUCGACGUCCUCUCCCGCACCGCCGAGGCGCAAAUCGAACACGACCUCCACGGUACGAUCGUGGAGGACUCAGACGUGUUCCGAAACAAACCGCGACGGUUUUCCGAUUUUUGGGAAGCAUGUACUUGCCUGGGUGCGCCGGACGAAGUGCGUGUCGAUGGUACGCUGGAGCCGAAUCUGGAGAAGUUGAUUAUUCUCGCCGUCCUGCUCUAUUGCCUCCACACUUUCUCGCCCAUGAGGGCCGUCACAGCCGUCUAUAAUGGGAGCAGGUUGAAGCUGACCAAUGAUGCACCGAGGCGGGUGAGGAGGAACGCCGCUGCCGAGAGUGGCUCUCCUCCGAUUAUGAAGGAUGAUAGUGAAGUGCAGAUGGAGAUAGACGAAGAAGACGACGUGCUUCUUUGGAUCUAUUUCGUCCUGGUGGACUCGUGGCGUGCCGCAAAUGACAGUCUACUGCCGCAAGGUCUUGCACUAAUGGCGAAUAUCGACGCCAGGUUUCCAGAACGCAUGGCAAAUUGGGAGGGUUGCCAAGCCGUUUUGAAGAAGUUCUUCUGGAACGACAAGUUCAUCAUGCGGUGUAGGGCAUUUUGGGCGGUUGGUGCAGCGACGGAGCAUGGUCGAGACGACGGGCUGUCAAUCUGA